UCUGCAACACUGUAGAAUCUCGGAGGAGGAGAGAAUCAUCGGAAAAGCUCCCUUUGGUUUCCACUUCCCUAUUUUAUCUAUUCCAGAUGAAAGAAUUCGAAAGAACGCUGGAAUUUGGAUAGCCAUUGUUCUUCUUUGUGAUUUUCGAUCACAAUACCGUCGUUGAAAGAAUGUUCAGAAAUCUUUAUCGACAUCACGGCGUGGAGUCCGGUAGGGUAUCUUUUCCAAAUGGAUUGCGCUAUGGAGGCGAUGAAACUGUGGUUCAGAAAGAACGGCUCCUGCGAGUCGCCGUCCAACUCGUCGACAAGGCGUAGGUUCGUAACUUCGUAUCAAUGCCGAAUCUCUCGUCGGUAUUUAAAUUCAAGCUGCGGUAAUUUCUUUCGGCUUAUUCUUUCUGGUGAUAGGAAUUCGUUUUAAGUCGUGGGAAUAAGACUCUGAAGCUAUGGCUUUAGCCACUUGUGUAAUGUGAAUUGGAAUUGUUACUAUUUCUUCUUAUAUAUUAUUGUAAUUGUUUUUACCUAUGCUUUCGAUUCUUCUUCUGUUCAUAUUUUGAUUGUUAUUUUCUGUUUACUCUGAAGAUCCAUCUUUCUCUCGCACCUAAACAACACAUUACACGAAUUCACACUCUCCUCACUACAUCAUACACAAGUGACAACCUAAAGAAUUACUCUGAUUUUUGGCGUAAUCAAGAAGACCUAACUAUUUUUUGAAAGUUCAAAAUGAUCAAAGCUCAAGGAAUUUCACUUUAUUGACUUCAGUUACAGUUUCAGGCUUCUAGCAAUAUUAAUGUUCUUAAUGACACAGUUGGCCUGUAGGUUGGUUCCAAAUUAUCAGCUAUCAUUUUAUGCCCCUUCAUCAUCACCUUGCCUUUGGAAUGUCUCUAAUUCCUUGGUACUUUGCUCAUGGUUAUAGCCAAAGUUUGGCCUGUUCAAUCAUCACUAGACUAAAAACUUUAAGUUGAUAAAUUAGAAUAUAUUGAUCCGCUUCAAUAUCUCUACCAUCUCCUUUAUGCAUGGAUUUGAAUAUUAAUUUAAUUCACAAAGACCAAUAUUAGAACUGCUACUAUCUAGCUCUGAUUGAAGGUUCAAUUAUUAUAUCAAUAAAUAAAAUAGCUUAGGUUGAUAGAUUAUGAUAUAUCUAAUCAGUGCACCAGCUUAUAGCUGACAAAAAAGUUAUCUUCACAUUCCCCAGACUCCAUGAGAGUUUCUUGUUGGUUUGUGGUGGCUGAUUUCUGCACCCAUAACAGGGAGACUUGAUCACAAGCUGCAAAUAAACUUGGAGUGUGGAGGUUCCAAAGUUUGUGAACUCCUGGCCGAUUCCCAAGACUCUUCAAUGAGGUUUUAGAUUUCGCUCAAAACUAGAAUUAACCGAGCAUAAACUCAAAAGAUGAAGAAUCAAAAUGUCACCAUGGAGAUGUAGAAGGAAUCUAUUGUCUCAAGUCUUAACAAAGCUAAAGCUAACUAACUAUUGGGUUAUUGGAACAAUCUAGGUUAGGCUGUUGGGUUGCAACGACUUUGAGUAAUUUAGAAGUAAACCGUCAUUAUUGAAGAUAACAGCAAUUCAAUUUCCAAAUAAAAUCUCAUCUCCUGGCUGACCCCAGAAUUAGAUGGCAGACUGAUGGAUGUGUCAUCAAAAUCCCAACUGCUGUAACAACCCUUCAACAACCUAACAGAGAGAAACCACUACUUGAGUUCUCAAGUAUUUUUUACUUUCAUGCCAAAAGAAAGUGACUAGGAAAAUAAAAUGCAUUUGAGUGAGUUAGCAAUUUCUUAUCCAAGUGUUCAGUGUUUUUGUAAUCUUUCAGCCUUUCCCCAAUCUCUUAGUUCGCAGUUGCAUGUCCUUUUUGUUUCUGCCAAAAUGACUGCUAGAACUUACGUUUUGAUAUUCUUCUUCUGGGCCAUCCUCACGGUCAUCACCCCCACUCUAAUUUUCCUUUCAGAGAACUCAAGGCUUGCCUCUGCUGAUUCAACCGGUCAGAAAAGUGCGAAAAUCAAGACCAGAAAAAUGAUGGGUCGCUCAGUAGAAGAUUCCAUGCAAACGCUUAUGGCUUUGGUUAAAAUGCAAGCAGUGGCAACAGUAGCCGCUCAGGCGCCGGCGCCGGCGCCGACAUUGGAAAUCUCUGUUGAAGUUCCUGAAAAGGGAGGAGAGAAACAAAAUUACAAUAGCAAGCAAGACGUCAUGUACAAAGAGACAGUGGUCCAAAUGCUUUUCGAAGUAUGAGGAGAGAGCAAUUUCAGGUAUGGACGAAAUUAAGAUUUUAAAAUAUGAAUACAAAAUUGACAAAAUUUAUGUUAGUUGUCUCUUCCAUAUUUUUAUAACGUCUGGGGUGGUUGCAAUCCUACUGGGCGUUUGAAUUUCGCCAUGCUCAUCACCGAUAAUGGCCCAACCAUUGAUAUUUUUCGGGAAAUAUGGAGGAGAGGCCUUACCCUGUCACUUUCAUGACGCAAGUGCGCACCAUCUCUUAUAUUAUUGCAUACCACCACCAGAUUAUCGGCAUGGCCAUGUCGUAUUUGCUUGGCCCACAACAAUUUAUAUAAUGUAUGCUAUUUAAAGGAUUUAUAGUCGGUGUCCAUCUUUGUCAUCCGAUUUUAAAAAAUGAUUUUAUUUUUCUAAUAGUUUUUCUCUAUUUUAACCAUUAUGGAUUGUUUAUUGGUCCAAAGAGACUAGGGUUAAUUAGGAGGAAAUGAGUUCAAAUCCCAGGAUGACCACCUACCUUAGGAAUUAGUGUAAUUCCUAUGUGUUUCCCGACACCAAAUGUUGGUAGGGUUAGGCGGUUGUUCUGUGAGAUUAUUCUAGGUGCGGGUAAGCUGACACGGACACUCACGAAUAUUAAAAAAAAAAAAUCUCCAUUUUAGUCUUUUUCCCAACUACUAUUGUUAUAAACUUACUUUGAUAUAUAUGUGGAGAUAGAACUCGCUAAAUGUAAGGAGAUAGCACACCGAGAGAGAUGAUUGGAGAGAGAUGAUCGGAGAGGGAAAGAAAGAAAGAGAUUAAAGGUAUCACAAUGGAGAUAGAAAUUAAGCAAGGGCAGCGGGUGACAGAGGGUAAAGGAGAGGAGAGAGAAGAGACGGGUAUAUACUGCAUAAAUAUCGUGUACCUAUAUUUUAGUAUUAAUUAUUUAUAAAAAUACACCUAUUUUUUGUUCA